ACUGUGGCAACCCUGCGUGUCAACCAGGGUGCAGAGUAUCCAGCACCAGCUGGCCCAGCUGGACAGCGAGAGCUGGUCGGGCCGAGCCGAGGCCGACCGGGACCGAGAUUUCAUGCAGCUGUUGCGCGAGAAGGAAGCUCUGCUGCACGACAUCAUCAUGAUCAGCAAGCAGCACAAGAAGGCUCACGGCCCCGAUCCGGGUCCCGAUCCCGAUCCUGAUCAGAGUCCCGGUCCUGAUCCUAACCCCAAUCCCGGUCCUGACACGCUGCGUCAUCUGGAGGAGGAACGCUGCCGAUUGGAGGAGGAAGUGCAGCGGGCGCACAGCUCACAGAGUCAGGGAGCCAAUCAGAGGCUCCUGCAGCAGGAGAAGAGGAACGUGUUGCUGCGACAGCUGGAGGAGGCCACGCGCAUCACCACCUACCUUCACUCUCAGCUCAAGAGCCUGUCCGCCAGCUCCCUGACGGUGUCGUCCAGCAGCAGCCGCGGCUCCCUGGCAUCCAGCCGCGGCUCGCUGGCAUCCAGCCGCGGUUCCCUCAGCUCCAUCAGCUUCAGCGACAUCUACGGCGUGCCGCAGUACGAGCGCCACGACGAGCCGACGGACCCCCACCUGCGCUUCGUGCUGCCCUCGGAGGCCACCUCCAGGGACGCCUACACGCCCGAGCCGUCCGCUCCCAGCAAGGCCAAGCGCGCUCACGACACGCCGCAGUCGCUGGCCUCGCUGUCGUCGCGCUCAUCGCUCUCCUCGCUGUCGCCGCCGAGUUCGCCCAUGGAGACGCCCUACCACUCGACGUCUCAGGACAGCCCCCUUUCGCAGAUGACCGAGGAGUACAUGGAGCAGGCGGGGCGCGGGCUGCUGGAGGGUCUGCGCGCCCAGUCGCAGCAGGAGGCGGUCGCCCUGGUCGCCGCGCACGCUGCCGACGCAAAGAACCACAGAGAUGGAGGCUCUCAGGGGGCUUUCAACUCAUCUGGGGUGACUCUGCGCGGCAACAGCGGCAGCAGAAGCAGCAGGAGGACCAGGAGGGUCUCGGCUGGCAUCUCCGAAGACGCUCUGGCCACAGAUAGCGGCGUCUUCGAGGCCUGGGGCAGGAGGGCGGAGGAGCCUGAGGAGAUGUCCUACCUGAAGGAGCAGACGUCGGCCAGCGAGCCAACGCAGAUUCAGCUGGGACUCCUGUGGGAGUCCACCUCCCAGUCUUUGCGUCUUCAUCUGCUCCAGCUCAAGAAUCUGAGCAGGUCUGUCCUGAGGGACGGAUACAAAAUCUUUGUGAAGGUGCACCUGAUUGCGCCGGACGCGGGCCGGGCCUGCGCCUUCUACUGCUGCACGGCUCUGGAGCCGCAGACCCACUUGAGCUUCAACGAAGGCUUCCGCGUUCCCGUGCCUGCCAACGCCCUGGCCGGGUGCGCCCUGCAACUGUCCCUCUGCCUGCUUGGGCCGCAGGCUCAGGAGGAGCUCCUGGGCAUAGCACGGGUGGGCCUGGCCGAGUGCGAAGAGAGUGCCGACAUGAUCUACCACUGGCUGAAGGUCCAAAUGCUCGGCGGGGCGGAGCCUCCCAGACCCGAGCUGAGAGCUGAAGGCCAGCGGCGACAUCACGAUGGGCCCGAGGACGAGCACAGACCGAGAGCCCUGGAGAGCUCGUGCGGCCCGUUGUCCCGGACUGACGCCGACCCGGACCCGCUGCCGAGGCUGCAAGCCGAGUCGGUGGACAGCGGCUGCAGCAACAGCACGCCGUGCGAACGGGCGCUGGCAAAGGCGGCCACACUGAAGGUGGAGAAGGCGACCAUGACAGAGGGACACUUUGCAGAGGCGGUGCGAGUGCGGGGGAAAGAGAGGGGCGGGGCACGCUGGGGACACGCGGCGCCCUUCAUGCGUGGUAGCACCAUCGUACGCUCGCAGACAUUCUCUCCCGGAGCUCGCAGUCAGUACGUCUGCAGGUUGUACCGCAGCGACAGCGACAGUUCCACCCUCCCAAAGAAAUCGCCGUUUGUCCGAAACACGCUGGAGCGGCGGACGCUGCGCUACAAGCAGCAGUCGUACCGUUCCUCGCUGGCCGAGCAGCCCACGCGCACCUCCCUGGACCUGGAGCUGGACCUCCAGGCCUGCAGGACGCGCCAGAGGCAGCUGAGCGAGGAGCUGAGCACCCUCAGGGAGCUCAAGCUCCGUCUGGAGGAGCCGCCGCCGACUCGCCGCCCCGCCAGCCAGGACGGAGAGCUCCCCCACUGGGCCCUGAGGGACGAGCGCUUCCGCUGUCUGCUGAGGGAGGCCCACAGACAGGCGGGUCAGAGCGAGCAGGAGCAGCGUCAGGAGGAAGAAGUUGGGAGGAGGCUCAGGAAGGCGUCCAAAGAACUCCUGCACAUGAGGGGGCAGAGCCACAAGGAACCGCUUCCCGUUCACACCUUCAGAGAGAAGAUGGCUUUUUUCACCAGACCAAGGUUCAACAUGCACGUACCUCCUUUGCCGGCUGACGACGUGUGACCUGCGCGCCCCCGCAUCACAUGACAUGAAGUAUUUGUGCUACUUUCCACACACACACGAGCGCACGCGCGCGCACACACACACACGAAGUCAUGAAGCGUUUGUGUGUCAUGAAGAAACUCUUAUUCCUGCAAGAGUGGUCUUCUGCUUGCCAGACGGGAACAAAAAGUUUGAAAAGAAACAAAUAUUAAAAAAAAA